AUGUUUUCCACUCUGACCAAAUCUUCGAUAAGUCUACCCGCCUUAUGGCUGGUCUUUGCGGCACUCAAUGCCUGUGCCAUGGCCGCAACUUACCCGUACACUGUUUAUCGUGGUACAUUCGUCCAUCUUCCGAAGCUCAACUCGAGCUCCACCAAACCUGAAUUGGCUCGCAACCAGGGUGCUCUUUGGGUCGGCGAAGAUGGUCGCAUCAAGGGCUAUGACUGGAGUGUGCACGAUGAUGCUACCUUCAAAUCAUUCCUUUCCAGUCAUGGCUGGGCGGAUGCCGAUGCAGGCAGUGGAAACACAAAGGCCACCAAAGUCAAGGUCGUGAAAUCUAACGAUGCCCGAAACGAGUUCUUCUUCCCCGGUUUCAUUGACACCCACAUCCACGCCCCUCAAUUUCCCAACAUCGGACUUUUCGGAUCUUCCGGUCUGCUAGACUGGCUGAACGAAUAUACCUUCCCAAUGGAAGCUAGCUUCCGCGCCAAAUCCGAUCCCAAGAACCAGCAAACCGAUCCAAAGAAGACACCCCCAGAAGGCCUACGCGUCUACGACCAAGUCGUAGCCCGCACUCUUGCCCACGGCACAACAUGCGCAUCGUACUUCGCAACCAUCCACGUCCCAGCAACCAAUGCCCUCGCAGCCCUCUGCCACUCACAUGGGCAGCGCGCAUUCAUCGGCCGCGUCUGCAUGGAUAACAAAGACCAAUGCCCAUCCUAUUACGUGGACCAGUCCGCCGAACAAGGCUUCAACGCGACAAAGUCGACAAUCGAGUACAUCCACACCCUGGACCCAAAAGGCGCAUUGAUCAACCCAAUCAUCACCCCCAGGUUCGCACCCAGCUGCUCAAAGGAAUCUCUCGCUGGCCUAGGCAAGCUCGCAGCCUCCUAUUCACCACCCCUGCACAUCCAAACGCAUAUCUCCGAGUCAACCGCCGAAGUGGACCUCGUCCAAAAACUCUUCCCAGACUCAACCAGCUACGCAGACGUCUACGACAAAGCCAACCUCCUGACAAACCGCACAAUCCUCGCCCACGGCGUCCACCUAACCAAAGAAGAACUGAACCUGAUCCGCACCCGCGGCUCAAAAGUCUCACACUGCCCAGCCUCAAACUCAGCGCUGGGCUCUGGUCUUGCCCCCGUGCGCUUCAUGCUCGAUCAAGGCGUCACAGUCGGACUAGGCACUGACGUCAGUGGGGGAUAUAGUCCCAGUAUUCUGGAAGCAGCACGACAAGCCAGUCUGAUUUCCAGACUUGUGCAAUAUAGUUCCGAGUAUCAAGAGAAGACGGGGAACAAGACUUCUGACGGGAGUGAGAAGUUGACUGUUGAUGAGGCUUUGUAUCUUGCUACGCGUGGUGGAGCGGCUGUUGUUGAUAUGGCUGAUGACCUUGGUGGUUUUGAUAAGGGGAUGAUUUGGGAUGCGCAGCUUAUUGAGCUGGGUGCUGUUAAGAAUAGCACGACCAGUCCGUUGGACUCGAAGAGUCUUGUCGCGCGCGCUGUUGCCACUGGGACUGUUGGGGAUGUUGAUCUGUUUGGUGAUGAGACUUGGCAGGAGCAGAUUCAGAAGUGGAUGUGGAGUGGCGAUGAUCGCAAUGUGAAGAAUGUUUGGGUUCAGGGGAAGCUGGUACACACCAGGAAGUAG